UAAGAAGUUGUGAUCCAAUCUUGACUCUUGCCCAUUUUGUUAGGCAUCAACUUUUCCUAUCAUAAAUACUUUUUCUUUGAAACUUGCUCUCAAAACGUUUUAAUGUGUGCCUAUAUUAUCGUUUCUUGUCUUAUUAUUUAACCUUUCUUAUUGGUUCGUUUUGAAUUAUAGGUAGACAGUUUGGUCAUCUGGGUAAUCCUUUUUCUUAUUGAACUUCCCCUUGAUAGAUACGUACUCUGUGUUUUUGUUGGUCUAUCUAUUGAGACAGUUUCAAUUUCUAGUAGUAGAGCUAAACAAUCAAACAAAGUUAUUAAGUUAAAAUUGGUAGUUGCGUUCUGGUUUUGCAUUCUCAACUGCUUCAGUAACUGCAGAGGCCCUUUUUUUUUUGCAUGCUCAGGAGUUUUCUUUUCUUUUAUUAAUUAUUUCUUGUCUCAGAGGAUUAUCAAGCUUGGGUAUCAUUUAAACCAGAAAGAAAGAGUGUAUAUGUUGUUGCCUUUUCUUGUUUUUUGUGUAUCCUUGGCUCUGCUUUCACUAUGAAUAAUUCUGAGGCAGCCGCUGAUCAGAAAGCAGCAGCUGAAGUUACUAAAGGGAGAAAUGGAAUUGAUCAAAUUGUGCUUCGUAAUUCUCGAGGAGCUUCAGCUCGGGUGAGCUUGUAUGGAGGACAGGUUCUCUCAUGGAAGACUGAUCAGGGAGAAGAAUUGCUAUUCACUAGUAGCAAGGCAAUUUUCAGGCCACCAAACCCGGUGAGAGGAGGAAUUCUCAUUUGCUUUCCCCAGUUUGGAAAUAGUGGAACACUGGAGCAACACGGGUUUGCAAGAAAGAAAACUUGGGUAAUUGAUGAUGAUCCACCACCACUGAAUCCCAAUGAUUCCAGUGCUAAAGCCUAUGUUGACUUGCUACUUAGACCAUCUGAAGAAGAUCUAAAGAUCUGGCCACACAGUUUCGAGUUUCGUCUCAGGGUGUGUUUGUCAGCAGAUGGAAAUCUAACCUUGGUGUCUCGCAUCAGGAAUAUUAACUGCAAGCCAUUUAGUUUCUGCAUCGCUUACCACACAUAUUUUGCAAUCUCAGACAUCAGUGAAGUAAGGAUUGAAGGGUUGGAAACGCUUGACUAUCUUGACAAUCUUUGCCAAAAGGAACGCUUCACAGAACAAGGACAUAGCUUGACAUUUGAAUCUGAGGUGGAUAGAGUUUAUCUCAGUUCCUCAGAUGCUGUUGCUGUUUUUGAUCAUAAGAGAAAGCGCACAUUUCUCGUAACAAAAGGAGGACUUCCAGACGUUGUGGUCUGGAAUCCAUGGGAGAAGAAAUCAAAGUCCAUGGUGGAUUUUGGAGAUGAAGAGUACAAGCAGAUGCUGUGUGUUGAUGGGUCAGCAAUAGAGAAGCAAAUCACAUUGAAGCCAGGAGAGGAAUGGACAGGCAGGUUAGAACUCUCUGUUGUCCCUUCCAGUUGAUGAAAACUACAGUACCCUGAAGGCAUCGAUCACUAAAUAACCCAAAUAAACGCUGCUUUUUGGUGGCUACUGCCAUUGUUCAAUCUGUAUUUGUAAUGGAAAGAUGGAUUCUGAUUUAUGUGCAAACUCACUUGAGUCAUAGCCUGUACGAGCCCGUGGGUUACGAGCCCAAGAAUCCUCUAAGGCUCAGUUCUCCAGACUUGGUGGUUGGGGCUGUGGCCUAGCCAAGAGAGAAUCCAUGCCAAAUCAAGAUAAGAUAUUGACCUAAAGCCCAAUAGUUUUAAUGGGUUUUAAGUGUAAGAAAUUGAGCUAAAGCGGAUACAUUUGCAUUUGGAUAAAUGGACAAUGCACAAGAAAAUGUCAUCAUAUGUUGGCUAUAAAAAAGACUUAGUACUUGCAAAACAAGGCCCACUUCAAAAUUCAUGGUCUGAAACAGAUCAGACCAAAUUCCACCCAUUACCCAAAUGCCCAAUAAUAUGUAUCAUUUCACCUCUAACUAAUGUCUUCUUGUUAUUAUUAUCUUA